AUGGCGGCACAGCCAACUGCCGACUCCACCGUUGUUCCUCCGAAGUCGGAAAAUAGCGCCGAGGAGCAGAUCGCACCACAGAAGGCCCCUUCCGUGUUAUCGACCGACGCAUCAGAGUCGCAAGGCUCUGCAUGGUAUUCCCCGUGGUCGUGGUACCAAGGCUCGUCUACUCCUGUGAAAUUCACAGGUUCUCCUCCGGGUACUCAAGUUGUCUCCGAUGGAGAGGGGAACGUUCAGUCGGAACUUCGCCAGGAUGAUGAAGCCUUGAACCAGAUGGUUAUUGCUGUUCCCCCUUCGUCGGAUUCACAACCACCUGCUAGCGAUGAAAAUCCGAUAUCAUCGACAAUUACUAGUAACAAAUCGGGCUGGAUCUCAUUUUUUUCUGCUCGUGCAGUGGCGAUGAAGAGCAUUACGAAUGAAAGUCACAAUGAAGAAAUGGAAGUUAUGGAUUUGGACGAGGAUGAAGCCAGUCCGACGACUGGCACUCCAUCGUCAACCGCUUGUUCCGCUCCGUUGAGCAAGGAUGUCAAUAUCCCAUCUCCGAGUUCGACGGGUGUGCCGCAUAUUUCUGCUUCCUCGCCAUCUCUAGCUCAGAAUAAACCUGAACAUAAAUCUAUUCCGACUAAUGGCUCGGCCAAAUCUUCAAACGCCAUCCGGUUUGGCGCCAACAAGCGCCCACCAUCUCCAACGCCCUCGAAGAAGUCGGGGGUGAAGACCCCUACAAUUGCUCCACCAAAUUUGGUCUUGCCCACAUGGGACGAUACUUUUCACACGCAUCCUCGCGCCCAUGUGCCUCCUGAGCCUCCGUCUGCUCUUUCCAAGACAUUUCAAUACGUCAGCGAAGUACUCUUUGCGCGUGAUGAGACUGCCUCACACAAGAAAGGCAAGGGAAAGUCUGCGGAGAGGCCUUUGGAGCCCUAUGAAAAGGCGCUCCCACGUUCGUGGGAUGUGAUUACAGGACAGAAACAACAGGACGUGCUGCGAGGAUGUCAAAGGGCAGUUGUGAUUGGUGUGCAUGGGUGGUUCCCUGGCGCUGUCAUGCGGACAGUUAUCGGAGAGCCGACUGGGACAAGUUUAAAGUUUGUGAACAUGGCUGUUCAGGCGUUGGAAGAAUUUCAGGACAAGCACGAGGUGAAGCUAUCAAAAAUCACCAAAAUACCCCUCGAAGGUGAAGGCACCAUCAGCCGCCGAGUGGAUAAGCUAUAUCAGAACCUGAUCGGGAAUAAGGAAUGGAUGGAUGACCUCCAGACUGCCGAUGUAAUAUUUUUUGCUACGCAUUCCCAGGGAUCAAUUGUUUCGACCCACAUCUUGGAUCGCCUCAUCACCGAUGGCCACAUCUGCACAGCACCACGUGACUCUGCUAACGCUCCUGGUAGCAGUAUCACACGCCCUCCGCAAAGGGUGUGUUGUCUAGCCCUGUGUGGAAUUCACUUGGGACCACUGCGAUAUCUGAGCACGAGCUCAUUAGUCCUACCUUAUAUCCAGUACUUCGAGUCGAUUGCUGCCCGGGAGUUGUUCGAAUUUCAGAACACCGACAGUCAGAUUUCAAGAGACUACGUAAAGGCCUUGAGAAAUGUUCUGGAUAAUGGAGUCAAGAUGGUGUAUAUUGCGUCCUUGAAUGAUCAAGUAGUAGGGCUGUACUCCGGGCUGUUCACUUCAGUGGCGCAUCCCUUAAUUUUGCGUGCGCUUUACAUUGAUGGAGAUGCAUACCAUUCUUCAGACUUCCUAUCCAAUCUUCUCGUUCUCCUGCUACGUAUUCGGAAUGCAGGGCUAUCAGAUGGUGGACUCCUUGCGCAUUUGUCGGAGUCAACCGCUGGAUCGCUGAAUGGGGUUGGACAUUCGACCGCAUACGAGGAGACUGCCACAUAUUCAUUCGCAAUCAACUACCUUUUCCUAUCUGACUCUGGGCAACACCCACAAGUUGAGCUUGCGAUGGAGUCAUUUGAUGCGCGAACGGAGCAGAAUGAUUACGAGAUUCCCUGGGCUCUCCGUGACCUCAUUGCUGACGAUAGAGUCGCCGAGCUCUUUUCAGAUGAUUUUAUUCGUCUGCGAGAUGCUUUCCGAGAUUGGCAACCCAAGACUGCAAUUUUGCGUGAUGUAAAAAGGAAGCUCCAGCCGAUUCAAAGACUGUCAUCAGCCAUGAUUUCCAAACAUGCCGAUUCCAUGAGCAAACUAUAA